CGCCAGUGUGUGUGGACUGUGGUAGUGUGGAGUGAUGUGAUGGCGAGUGUCGACCGACGCCAGUUCAGCUGAGAGGCCCGAGAGCGGCGCGCGCGCACUGCUCGCCUCCGCGCUUUGUUUACUUAUCACUCUUCAAUAUAUAAAUAUGGUUCGGUGAAAAAAGUGAUGGGGUGGCUGAAGGGUUCCGUAGGGAGAGCUCGUCAUACGGACGCCGAGGAAGACGACGCUAAUUCGGACAAGCAAGCUCCCCAUUUGGAAGUUCUGGAGACAGCAGACGAGAAACGCGCGCGGUGGCGCAGCGUGUACAUCAUCUACUUCACCAUGUUCCAGAUGUCAUUGGGGUUUAGCAUCGUGCUGACCGGAGUGUGGCCAUACCUCGACAAGUUGGAGCCAGGUUCACAGAAAGAGAUUCUUGGCGUGGCGGUGGGUGCCAACCCGCUGGGGCAGCUGUUGUUCUCUCCGCUGCUGGGGCUGUGGGCGAACCGGUCGGGCUCCGCGCGCGCCCCGCUGCUCGCCACCCUGGCGCUGUUCGUGCUGGCCAGCGCGCUGUACUCGCAGCUUCAUCUGACCAGGCCCCACGCCAAGUACUGGAUGGUGCUUGCCAGAUUUUUAGUAGGAGUCAGCUCGGCCAACAUAGCUGUGGCCCGCUCGUAUCUUUCAGCCGCCACGCUGGUCAGCGAACGCACCCGAGCCGUGGCCAUAGUGUCUCUGGCGCAAGUGCUGGGCUUCGUGGUGGGGCCGGCGCUGCAGGCUGCCGCUGCGCCCCUCGGCGCUGGCGCUCCCUAUCCACCACCUGGAGACUUCUCCGUGCCCUUUAGGCUAGAUAUGUACACUGCUGCGGGCUGGAUCAAUGCUCUGUUGGGGACCAUCAAUUUUAUAUUGUUCUUGCCGUGGUGCUUUAAGGAGAAGAAGAUUGCUGCCCGAGAAGCUAUGAUUGCCCAGGGGAAAGAUUCAGAGAAAGAGGCUUUAGAAUCCUUAAAGCCUGACCCAAUCAGCAGCUGGACGCUGGUGGGCGCGUUCUUCGUGCUUGUGUUCAACUUCGUGCUGCUGGAGACGCUGGCGACGUCUCUGACCAUGGACCAGUUCGCGUGGAGCAAGUCUCAGGCGCUGGAGUACAUGGGCGCGCUGAUGAGCGCUGGGGCGGUGGUUGCCUGCCUCACGUUCGCGAUGAUCGGACCUCUGACCAAGUUCUUCGAAGAACGGGCGCUGCUCCUGUGGGGUGGGUUUCUGCUGACGGGUAUGGCGUCAGUGUUCUGCAUCCCGUGGGGGCCGGGCCCGCCCCCCCUGGCGCCGCGCAACGCCACGGAGGCGGGCGGCGGCUGUCCGCAGCUCACGCAGCCCUGGUGCGCCAGCUCGCGCGGCCUCACCCUCACACAGUUCUUGAUCGGCUAUGCGUGCGUCUCGGUGGGAUAUUCUCUUGGAGUCACGCUCAUACAAACAAUCUUCUCGAAAGUAUUGGGCCCGAGACCGCAGGGCGUCUGGAUGGGCGUGCUGACCGGCGCGGGCUGCCUGUCCCGCGCGCUGGGCCCCGUGUUCGUGUCGGCGGUGUACGCGCGGCGCGGCCCCGACGCCACCUUCGGCAGCACGGCCGCGCUCACCCUGGCCGCGCUGCUCGCCCUGCGCCUCGUGUACGCCCGCCUGCGACCGCCCGCCCUCACCCCCGACCCCACCCCCACCGCACACGAGAUGCAGCCCCUCCACAAAGACGACACGUGACGGACAUAGGGGGUGGAUAGCACCGCGUGCUCGUGUGAGGGUUAUUUCUAUCGAAUUUAUGCCGCUUGUGCCGAUCAAAUGUUUCAAAUUUAAGUUUUAGUCUAGCUUCAAUGUUAGUCCUACUUUAAAUGAGUUUAUAUUGACAUUCAACGAAAUGUGCUCGAUAAUCGGUCGUUCUAGUAGACAACUACUCAGAUGGUGAGAUAUUCUCGUGUAAAAUGUAACUUAUGUUUAAGAAACACCAAUUUUUCCUUUAUUUGUGUAGAUAUUCUACUACUAAUAGACCAUACCUCACCUACUUGUCUGUCUGUCUGUUGACAACUUCAAGUGCCAAAGGUAGGUAGGUGCACAAAUAACACCAUUUUCCUUAUUCACAAAGAUAAGUAUCUACUGCCAGGCUUUUUUUUGCCCUGUAUGCAGAAGAGCAUACGGCCUACCUGAUGGUGAGUGGUUACCGUCGCCCGUAGACUUCAGCAAUGCCAGGGGUAAAGCCAA